CGUAAACGCUUGCGUCAAUUCGAAUCAGCUGUUUAGAUACAUAGCCUAAUGCGAUUUCGAGCAAAUCAACCCUCCGAAGCAAUUCAGAAGUGUGGGCUCGAAUAUAUAUCAGUUCGUAAAUGAGAGUUUAGCAUCUAUUCUGUUUACAGUUGUGAUGUAUUUACAAAUUGAGUGGCUCAAAACGAUAGAAAACCGUUGGGGUGUUUGUGAUGCGGUUGGUGGAGAAUAUUUUUUUUAUUUGUAUUAUUUUCAAAAUAUCCGUAUCGCCGGCCUCAACAAAGUUACCUCAAGAUGAUUUUUCAUUUGAUUCUUGUUCUCCUCCGCAAUUGGCAGUAAAUGGUUCGGAAACCGAAGCGGGAGAAACCCGUAUUAAAAAAGAAUAUUCACAUGUUAGAGAAGUCAAAUUUUCCGGAUCUAUUGGACCGUUAGGCGAACAACGAUUAUGUAAGAUCAAAUGUAUCGCCGGUCAAUGGGUCGGUCCUUUGUGUAUUGAUCAAACAGAUAAUGGGAGAUUCCAGCCCUUAUUUAGAAACUGCAAGCUCGAAUAUAUUAACCCUCAUUUGUUAGUGACGUUUAGGAAUGUGUCCAUACAUAAUACAGGUUGGACUUUUCCGCAUGCCGCGAAAUUACACACUCGAUGUAGUGAACUGGGUUUGUAUAAGUUAUUGGGUACUCCCACGCCGCAAUGUCAAAAUGGACAAUGGUCUUCAAGACUUCCAUCUUGUGUACCAACAACAAUUUUAACAAACUUCACUGAAGAUGCUCCACCUUCUAUCUUAAUUAGAAUUCCGUCGGGAUCGGCUUCAGCUGAACCUGGCGGAGAACUGGCUGUAUUUCCAGGAUCAACGCUGCAUUUUGAAUGCAUAUUUUCACGCAGAUUGGGUUCUCCAGAUUGGACUUGGACAUCACCACUGGGUCAAUAUCUUACAGGAUGGGCAAUUGCUCCCGAAGAACGUGAGUGGAAAUAUAGGUUAUCAAUAUAUUAUGCGAAACCACAAGAUACAGGAACGUUCACAUGCGCUACACCUCGAGGAAUCACUAAUAGUAUAAACCUUGUUGUAAUAGCCGUUCAUUGUGAACCAAUCUCAGUAUCGAGAAUGCAUCUCAGCGUUAGAGUAGAAGGAACAAGAUUGGGACAUAAAGCCACAUUCCAAUGCCCCAUAGGAUUUGUUGUUUCUGGCGAAGCUAAUUUAACAUGUCAAGCUUCAGGUAAAUGGUCUGCUCCUGUUCCGAAAUGUGAGCUUGUGAAAUGUCCAUCUCUAGAUUUGCCUGAGCAACUAGGGGAACCCCAUUUGCAAAUCGAAGAACACGACAAUAAUUAUGGAGGAAAAGCGAUAUUCAGUUGCGCGUGGGGAUAUAAAUUGAUUGGCCCACCGGGAAUCGAAUGUGAGCUUAGUGGUAAUUGGUCCGGGUCUCUACCGAAAUGCGUUCCAAUACAAUGUUCGCCACCGGUUUUACCUGCGAAUGGACACUUGAUACAAUCCGAAGCGCCCGGUAUGGAUGGUGGUAGAUACGCAGUGGGAAGUUUGGUACAAUUUGCGUGUAUUGGAGCCCAUCUCUUAGAAGGAGAAGCCAGUAUAAUUUGUACUGAAACUGGAAACUGGUCACAUCCGCCACCAUUUUGUAGACCGAAAUGCUCUUAUGCUGGAGAACCCGAAAACGGCUUUACCUCUCCUACGAAAUUCGCAUACGACCCAGGAGAUGAGUUGCAGAUUAUUUGCAAUGAAGGAUUUGCAACGGACUCCGAUAUAAUUCUUACCUGUUUACCAGACGGUAAAUGGUCGUCUUCUCUUCCUUCAUGUCAAAAUAUAACAUUUUCAGAAGAUAUAAUAGAAUCUACUAAAGAAUGAACAAAAUGUUUUAUGGAGAGUUUUUAUAAGUUGUUUCUGCAAAAUUUGAUAUCUGUAUAUUAUUGCUGCCAGUAUUUCAUAUCAAAAAAAAGAGAUGGUUUCAAAAUGUCUUCACAUAUUUUUCGCAUAUCUAUGAUUAUUAUAUGAGGUGUCUUAUAAAUAAUGGGAUAAUCGACAAAAGCAGAAUAUCAAGCCAAGUUUUGGAUGGAUAUUUCUCUUAAUGUGACUGUUUGUAUUCCUAUUAUCUGAUUUUACAUGGGAAAUGUACGGGAUUCAAUCAAAAGUACUUAGCCUCAUCCCCUGAUGGAGCCAGAAUUUGUCAGAAAAUUUAUAUAGGGUGCUCAGAAAUUGGCGUCUUUUCCGGUGCAAUUCAAAAAUGGUGUGGCUGACUUUGCAUAUAACAACUUCAUUUUUUUCCUCUCUAAAAAUAUGAGGAAUUUAUUAUUACGAUACUAUACAUUCAAGACGGUCAGAAACUCUGUUUUCCCAUGGAGAUUUUAUCUGAAUCACCAUAAGAUAUGUAACAUAGUAGGCAUAUAUAAACCACGAGAUUAAAGUAACGCUUUCCUUCAAUUUAUACAGGAUAUUCAGAAACUCUUCUGUCAGAUAUUAACUACAAAUAUUAACCUUAUAACAAAUUAUUAUUAUUAACCGUCAAUUAUUUUCAAGAGAGCUAGCGCGCUUUAAAGAUGGUACUCUCCAGUGUAGAGUACAGGGUGAAUCGUGAGGAACAUACUUUUACCAUAUGUUGAGCUUCUGAGGGAGGACAUCAUAUGGCUACUAAAAAGUGUCAACUCCUCUCCUCUUGCAUUUUGGGAUUCGUCGUUAGUUAGACGCUUUACUUCGAUAAAGUAACUGAUCCACCGUCGCUUCACCUGUUUUUUUAUUUGUUUAAAAAAGUAUUUGCAUUACUACCAUGUUCCACACCUAACAACAUUUAUUGCCGCCAUUUGUAUAACAUAUUGUGAUGUUUUUUUUUAAUUCAUUCAUACAAUUUUUAUCAGUGGGGUGAAUUCAUAAACAAUGUCUCUUACUUAUUUUUAUUUUUGUACUUCGUUUCGUUCACUACGACUAUUUAUUAUAAACUAACUUCGCUAAACAUAUAAUAGAAUACACAUUUCUAGAAUUUCAUAAAGUAAACAAAAAGAAACAAAUAAAUGAAAAGACCUUCCUAAAAAUUAGUUCAAAAAAAACAAUGUAAACUAAUCUGCUAUGAUAAAAACAUAUAAAAAUAAACUUCAAACGAAUUUCGUUGUAUAUCAAACGGGCCGCCAAAUAUUAGAAUUCCAUUAUAACCGGACAGGACCGGCUUCACAGCCUAUGUAUUGGACAUGUUCGUAACAAUACUCACUAUAAAUUUGUAAGAACAACUGGAUUGAUGAUUUUCGCGCACGAACCAGUGUGUUGUGUGUUUUAUUUUCCUUUAACACAUGAAUGCUGAGGUCAGAACACACCUUAACACUUUGGGAUAAAAUUACAUUAGGUUAGAUGGAUAUAAAAUCACAUCUAGUAUCUGUAAUUUGUGUUUUUGGUCACCCUGUAUAGAAACCCUCGUUCUGUGCUUAAAAAAAGGUAGAGGACAAAAAUUGGUAGCAGAGCUACACAAAUUGGUGUCUAGAAUUAAAACAAAUGGGAACUGAAGAUAUUGUAUGUUAUUUUGAAUUUAGUAUAUUAAGACAUUUGUAAAUUUAUGCAAUUUCAUUGGAAUUCCUAUCAGGACUCAAUUGGUUUGUGAAUAUUUCUCUGAUCAAUUAACAAGAUUUAUGUAGGAAAUAAUAUCAAAAUUUUUUUUUCAAUAUAAGCAGGACCAGAAGUCCUAUAAAUAAAAAACUUUCGAUUUUCUAUCUUCUUGUAUGAAUAAAUUUGUGGAGUUGUUGUUGCAACAAAAAUGUAGUAGAAGUUGUAAAUGUUCAAUUACAACGAAUUUUUUUAUGAAUAAAAUUAGUACUUUGAAAUCGUUAUUGUUAUAAAAUUUUUCAUAGUUUUCAUUAUAUUUGUAACUACCUAAUAGUUGAUUAAAUAUGUAAACAGUA